AUGGACGGAGAGACUUUCAGGGGCGACCUCGAGCCCGACACGCCCAAUUUCCCUGUCCGCACGGUCCAGAAGCUUUCUGUAGAGUUCUACCGGCCCCCUGGAGACUCUUUAAACUUUGUUUUGCUGACUGUCGGGACAGUGCGACCAGUGUCGGCAGCGCAAGGUUUCAAGCCUCGACCCAAGCGUCGACGUGCCCUGGUCUCAAACGGAUAUGACGACAAGCUCGACGACCUCUCGGAGAAGCUUGAUCGUGUCUCACUGGCUGUUCACAACAUAGAAUGCUCGCUUACCCCUACGACAGACAAAGCUCCAACGAAUGAUGUUGAUUCUAACCCCCACCGAUCACCAUUCUCAUACGUAUCUCCGUCUCUCCCCCAGACUAGUGUCAAUAACGAUGGUCUAGGGUCAGACCUGGAGAGUGAUGCUGGGUUAGCCAGUGAGGCUACGUUUGCCGCCAAAUUUGCCCAGCAGGCUUUAGACAGCAAUCAUCCUUCGGACAUAUCUGAUGAGGUCAAGUCGAGCCUCCAUGCCCUCAAAGACGUCCUAAAUGAACAGGAGCCUGGUCCCAGUCGCCCAAAACCAACUGGAACGCAUCUGCUGCCACCAAAUUCGGUCCGAUAUGGACUCAGACUACCUCCGCUGGAGAUGACCAUGGCAGCUCUACAGAAACUGAGAGAAACUCCCCAGCUUCAGUUUUGUUGGAUCAUGGAGAUUGAAACAAUCGGCCAGUUUGUAGAGUACGUCAUGACAGUCUACUCUGGCACGCCGACAACUGCGCAUCUCAUCAUUGUUCAGUGUGGUCUUCACCCUCUCUUUAUGGGCUUGGCAGAAGCGGAAAAAUAUCCAAUCGUCAAGCAAAACCUCAAGUCUCAAGGCACAUUAUGUCUGGCAAAUCUGGACCAGGUUCUAGCCAGCCUGUCUUUCAAUCUUCCAUGCACCUUCGACUUCAUCCUAGCCCUAGUCAUGGCUUCGACAAACUCUAUGCUGAGAUGCCGGAUAUCAAUGGCCUGGACCUAUCUCGCAGCUGCGGCCCAAAUGUCUCUCACAUUGGGCUACAACCGUGACAAACCCCAACGAUCAGAGAAGAAAGAGGACCGACGACGCCGUGUCGGACUUUUCCGGAUCUUGUAUAUUUUUGACAAAAUGCUCUCGAUGCGGCUCAACCGGUCCUCACUGCUAAGAGAUGACGAUAUUGCCCUGUCACUAGCUGACUUUGAGGACAGUAACAUGGACCGCAUUUUCCCCAUUGGGCAAAAGUGGAUGAAGAUGGCUACACUUUACGGCAGGAUAUACGACGAUAUCUAUAGCCCAGUUGCUCUCCGUCGCCCACAACACAUUCAAGAGAUCACGGCAAGGCAGUUGGCAGUUGAACUUCAAGCUCUUUAUGAGAGCCGUGAUCCAGUCGAGGUAGUAAUGGAGCGACAAAUGACCGUCUUGAGAGAAAACGGUCUGGAAGCAGUCUACGAGGUGGUCAUGCAUGCAGAAAAAGUCUCCCAUCUGGCCGUACAGACCUUGAUUUACCGAAGCAUACAGCCGAGCGUCUACACAGGAUCCGCCUUUUGUGACGAGUGCCUGUCUACGGCCAAUGAAUGUCUAGAGGAGCACAAGAAAUGCCUUUCUCUCUUGCGAAAUGCCAAUGCUAGCACCAUGGAGCUUUAUAUUCAUUGGGCCCUUCUCUCGGCACCGCUUAUGCCGUUCAUUGUCCUCUUUUGUCGCACUUUUGAGACCCGAGAGCCAGACCAUCUAGAGAGCCUCUUGGCCAUUGUAGAGCCACUUGAAAAUCUCCCGACAGAUCUACCCGACGCAUACAGAAAGCAACGUCAGCUCUUUAGACUGAUGUACAAUGUGGCAUUCAAGUACGUCAACGGCUCCAUAGCUAGUUCCUCGAGUGUGGCCCAGGCGGGUUACAUACCAGACACGCCCUUUGAGAUGGUGUUUGCCGAUGCCGGGGUACCGCUGCCGAGUCAGAUGCAAUUAAAUCACGGAACACAAGUGGGCCAUCACACCGAAAUGCUUGCAGGAGGGAUUGAACCCGGUUCUGAAAGCUUUGGGGAUACCGUCAGCGUGCCAGACCGUGGUGUUGAGCUUGGCGCUUGGUUUGAUCAAAACCAGGAAAUCUUCCGUAUAAUGGACGAAUCAUUCUAG